UAAGUGAAUGUAAUUUCUCGGACUUUCUCUUUAAAUCCUUCGUUGGACUCCAGACCAUGAGGAGGUGGACUCUCCCUAUCAGCCUGCAGCUUCCUGGAUCUCCCUCCUGCAGGAGGUUGCAUGGCCGGAUUACACGAGUCUCUCUAAAACUUUUACUAACUUAACAAACUCUGCAGAGGAGUUGCUCCCAGUCUGUGUGAGCCUGUAAGUCAUGGCGUUGCUCGUUAACGGAGGCCGUUUCCUCAAAUUCAACAUUAAACGAGCCAUGACAGCGUACAGAGGGUUUAGGUUUAUGGAACAGCAUGCUACUAAAGAGGCUUGAAAUAUGGACGAAGUCAAUGACCUUCUUCACUCACUGUAUGCUCCAAAUACAGUAAAGGGGUCCCAACAUCCUGCAUGCAUGCAGACUUCUCAUCAGCCCCCUGGUAACAAGAUGAUUCAGCUUAAUAGCUCUGCUGUGGCCUCAGGGAAGCAGCAUGUUAACGGAGUGGAUCUGUACUACGAGCAGACAGGCAAAGGGAAGCACGCUGUGCUGUUACUUCCUGGUGCUAUUGGAAGCACUCGUACUGAUUUUGGCCCUCAGCUGAAGUCACUGAAUAAGGAACACUUCACUGUGGUUGGCUGGGAUCCCCGUGGAUAUGGACAGUCCCGUCCCCCAGACAGAGACUUCCCCCUGGACUUCUUCGAGAGGGAUGCAAAGGACGCUGUUGAUCUGAUGAAGACAUUGGGCUUUGGAAAGUUUUCUCUGCUGGGCUGGAGUGAUGGAGGAAUGACGGCUCUGAUUGCAGCAGCAAGGUACCCCGACCUAAUCAACAAGAUUGUUGUUUGGGGAGCCAACGCCUUUGUAACUCAGCAUGACCUUCAGCUUUAUGAAGGGGUCCGUGAUGUCUCCAAGUGGAGUGUGAGGAUGAGGCAGCCUCUGGAGAAGGUGUACGGAGCAGAAGCAUUCGCUAAAAACUGGAGUGCCUGGGUGGAUGGAAUCGCACAGUUUGCAAAGAGACCCGAAGGUAGUGUCUGCAUGGAGCAUCUACCUCUGAUCAGCUGUCCCACCCUCAUCAUCCACGGAGAGAAAGAUCCUGUGGUGCCCACCUCUCACGCACACUACAUCUCCAAACACGUCAAAGGAUCACGACUGCACCUGAUGCCAGAAGGUAAACACAACCUCCACCUGAGGUACGCUGAUGAAUUCAACAAGCUGGCUGAAGACUUUCUGGAAGAAUGAGUGAUUUAUAAAAUACACUUAACUAGUGACAGAUCAUUUUGUAGAGACGAACCAGGGGAAAUGAGUUAGAAAUCAUAAUAUAGAAUACUUUAUCUGUUAAUCCCCAAAUGGUAAGUGAUGGAAGAAAUAGUAAUCAAUACUUUUCUGCACAUAUUGACACAAAUAAAAGUAAUUUUGGCUGUUAUUUCACUUUUAUUUAGGUAGCAAGCUUUGUUGAUCAAGUAAUAUUAAAAGAUGUGUAUAUUUUUAAUAUUUUCCUUGUGUAUUUUCCUACAAAUAAAUUAUUGUGGAUGAA